GAAAAUAGUGUAAAAUUUAUCGUCAAAUAACAAACAUCACACGCUUUUCGAUCGCUCUAUUUACAAACGACCGCACCCAAUAAACUCCCUUCCCUCCCAUUAUCUUUACUAUAUAUAAUUAUAGAGGAAUUCUAUAAUUAUUAUUGUCUUGUGUGUAUAUAGCUACAGAAACUGUCUGCAUUGUGCAACCUGGCAGCAAUGCAAGCUCUAUAGAGUGACUUUACUUAUCUUCUUCUUCCUCAAACACUACCCUAAUUCAUGGGUAUUCUCCAUUUCAUUCAUUUCUUUGAUUUCUUGUUCUAAAAUUUUGAUCUUGAUUCUUUUGAAGCUUUAAUCCAUUCAGAAAUUUUUGGGUUCGGCCAUUUUUUCCCUUAUUUAUUUCUAACAAUCUCCCGAUUUUCGCUUGUCAUUGUUAAACAAGAGAAAAAAAAAAUCCUGCAAAAUGAAGGUUACCCAUAAAGAUUCGGAGAAAGUUGUUUGGGAUCAGAUGAGGAGUUCCUCAGGUAACUCCAUUGUAAUGGGUCAAAGCCGACCUUUACCCAAAAUAAUUUUCUGCCUUAUGCUCUUCGUCUGUGUCACUUAUGUCGUUUACACUCUUAAGCUCAUCACAAACUCAAGCGUUGUCGCGUGCGACGAUGAAUCCCUCUACACCGUUGGCCACAGCCGUGUAGUUUCCACUACUUUGCUACUCUCUAACAACAAUAAGAACAGCUCCACCACUACUUCAGCUGCUGCUGAUUCUGUUCAGAUUGCGCGGCGCAAAUCUCGAGAAACGGCGGAGAAAACUGAAAUACGACAUGUCGUUUUUGGGGUUGCUGCUUCGGCGAGUCUGUGGAGUCAGAGAAAGAACUACAUCAAGCUCUGGUACAGACCCAAGACAAUGAGAGGUGUCGUUUGGCUUGAUAAAAUCGUGGAAAAGGAUGGAAACGGUGAAGGAGAAGAAGAUGACCGAAAACUCCUCCCGCCGUUGAAGAUAUCGAGCGAUACUUCUGUGUUUCCGUACACGAACAAGCAGGGUCACCGUUCGGCGAUUCGGAUCUCGCGGAUCGUGUCGGAGACGCUCCGUUUGGGGCUCAAGGACGUGAGGUGGUUCGUUAUGGGUGACGACGACACCGUUUUUGUCACCGACAAUCUGGUGAGGAUCUUAAGGAAGUACGAUCAUAACCAGAUGUACUACAUCGGAAGCCUUUCGGAGAGUCAUUUACAGAACAUUUUCUUCUCGUACGGCAUGGCCUACGGCGGAGGAGGCUUCGCCAUUAGCUACCCUUUAGCCAAAGCUCUCUCGAAAAUGCAGGACCGCUGUAUUCAUCGGUACCCGGGAUUGUACGGCUCCGAUGACCGAAUGCAAGCAUGCAUGGCCGAACUCGGUGUUCCACUCACUAAAGAAGUGGGUUUUCACCAGUAUGAUGUAUAUGGGAACUUGUUUGGGCUCCUAGCGGCGCAUCCAGUGACGCCAUUGGUGUCCCUGCAUCACCUUGAUAUUGUGGAGCCAAUUUUCCCUAAUGUUACUCGUGUGGAAGCACUUCAAAGACUCAGUGCUCCAAUCAAGUUGGACUCAGCUGCAAUCAUGCAACAAUCCAUUUGUUAUGACAAUUCGAAGAGCUGGACCAUUUCUGUUUCGUGGGGUUUUGCGGUUCAGAUCUUCCGAGGUGUCUUUUCACCUCGUGAGAUUGAGAUGCCGUCUAGAACUUUUUUGAAUUGGUACAGAAGAGCAGAUUACAUAGCAUACGCGUUCAAUACUCGACCUGUUAGCAGAAAUCCAUGUCAAAAACCUUUUGUUUUUUACUUGUCCAAGACAAAAUUUGAUCAUUCUAAGAAUCAAACAGUUACCGAAUAUGUUCGUCAUCGAGUUCCACACCCUCUCUGCCGAUGGAAGAUGGCCGAUCCUUCUUUGUUUAACAUAGUGAAAGUUUAUAAAAAGCCAGACCCAGAUCUUUGGAACAGGUCUCCCAGAAGAAAUUGUUGCAGGGUUUUGGAGUUUUCAGAGAAGAAUAAAACUAUGACAAUCGAUGUUGGUGUGUGUAAAGAUGGUGAGGUCAGCGAAAUUAAAGAGUCAACUAAAAAAAAUAGAAGAGAUGUCUAAUUUUGUUGUUUCAUUUUUUUCAUUUCAUUUCUUAAUUGGUUAUAUUAUCUUUUCUAAUUUUGCUUCUUGCAAAAUUGAUGGAGGCAAUAAUAUUUAUUGGUGCCUAAAAGAUUAAAAAAAAAAAAAAAAGCAGAAAAAAAUUGUUAUUGUACAAAAUGCUUAGUAAGCUUAUUAUAGAUGUCCAAUUGUUCAUUUAUUCAAUAAUAUUUGUAUUCUCCUAAGUGGGAUUUUUUUUC